CCGCCUGGCGGUCCGCAGCGGAAGUGAGGGCGCGUCAUCGGCGGGCGCCGGGCGGGAGCGGAGCCGCCGCCAUGGCCGGGAUCCUGUUCGAGGACAUCUUCGACGUGAAGGACAUCGACCCCGAGGGCAAGAAGUUCGACCGUGUAUCCCGUCUGCACUGUGAGAGCGAGUCCUUCAAGAUGGACCUCAUCCUGGACGUGAACAUCCAGAUCUACCCCGUGGACCUGGGGGACAAAUUCCGCCUGGUCAUCGCCAGCACCUUGUAUGAAGAUGGCACUCUAGAUGAUGGCGAGUAUAACCCCACGGAUGACAGGCCAUCCAGGGCAGACCAGUUCGAGUAUGUGAUGUACGGCAAGGUGUACAGGAUUGAAGGGGAUGAAACCUCCACAGAGGCAGCCACACGCCUCUCUGCCUACGUGUCCUACGGGGGGCUGCUCAUGCGGCUGCAGGGGGAUGCAAACAACCUGCAUGGCUUUGAAGUGGACUCUCGAGUUUACCUGCUGAUGAAGAAGCUGGCCUUCUAGGAGACCUCCUACCUCCGUGGGCUGCUCCAGAGACGUUCUGCUGGCAAGCAAACAGGAGCCCUGUGACCCCAAAUUCUGCCCCAGCAUCCACACUGCCUGUCCCUUCCAGAACUGGGGAGGAGGGAGAAGUCCCUCUCCUCAUCCCGGCCUCUUCUGACUCUUUCUGGGAUCUGCAGUCACCUCCUGCAUGGAGAGAGGUGCCUGACAGCCGAGUGGAGACCGUGCUGGGUGCUCCAUGGUCCUGCCUGCUGGGCGUCUCCUCACCUCUGCCUUCCUGUGCUUCAAAAGCAGGCGAGGCCCCGGCUCUGGCCAGGGGCAGCUGGACUGGGACAGCGCCUGUCUGCCUCGGGGCUGGGGACCGCUUCCUAAGGAGCCAUCCUGAGGCAGGCCGGGCUUGUUCUUGAUUAAACUGAGACGUUUUUUCUA